AUGAGUGUCGAUGAUGAACAGCGUCAAGAUAACGCAGAAAUGGAGCACAUGAUAACGAAUCAACAGAGACCAGAAUCCGUUAUGUGUGCAUCAACAUCAAGAGACGUAUCACACGUGCACACACGGCGUUUGCGUAUGUUCUGUGUCGUUUUAUUGCUUCUUUUCAUUGCUGGCGGAUCUAUUGUGGCAUUGGCGAAUUAUCAGGCGCGACACAGUAACGUCGUCACGAAUAUGAAAAAGCAAAAUGACAUGGAAGAUUCAUCAGACGAGAAUGGAGAAGCAGAACAGGCAAACAAUGAUGAUCAACAUUUUCAACUACGAUCAUACACAGAACAUCAUAAGCCGAAAUCACCUGAACGUGUUGGCCAUGUGAAUAUUUACAUCAAUAAGGAUGGUUAUCGUCGUAAUAAUAGACGAGACAAUCAAAGGCUUCGGUUUCCUGUACUGCAAUAUGAUCGUCGUCACAUGCCUUUCAACGGACCUUUCCUUAGUUUUAUGCCAAGGAUUCCGAUAUUCGUCGAUCGAUAUACUAAACAAACAUUAAUAUUUUCUCCAACAGGAGGUGUCUACAUUAUACCUCCAUUGAUUAAUUUUUAUGGCAAAAUGUAUUCCGUUGCUGAACUUAUUGCUUCCGGUUAUGCCAGUUUAGUCAGUAGUGGAGUCCCACCGAUUGCUCCUAUUAAUAUGAUCCCUUUUUUUCUACCACAACCCUUGAUUGGUCGUGAUAUCCCUGCGAUAAAUCAUUUAACAGGUGGUUUCAAAGGUGGUCUUCGCACUAGUCUCGGUUCAUUCUCGAUUUCUAAACCUUACAAAACAGUAAACAAUAUUGAGGAAAUUAAUGAAACGGAAGAAGACGACGACGACGACAAUCGCUAUCGAUAUGAACCAGUUCUAAAUAAUAAUUACAAAAGAUCAUCAAAGGCACCCAACACGAAAAAACCAACCAAUGAAGGGAAGACAAAAAAGUGUCAACCAUCAACACCAAAACAUCAUAUUCCUCAUUGGCUAACGACUUCAUCUGAAUUAUCCGAUCCGAACGAAUCAAUAACAUUUUUUCUGGUCCUGAAGCAAGAUCCAAUAGCAUUACAGAAAUUAGAGAAAAUAUUUUGGAAAAUCACCGAUCCAAACAAUGAUGAAUAUCAAAACUGGUUGACACGUCCUGCAAUCGAUAAGAUUCUUACACUUGAUAAUCGAAUUUUGAAUGCAGUUAAGCAUUGGUUCACAGAACACUCAUUUACAUCCGUCAAAUUGAUUGGAACUGACGUGUUUCAAAUAAAAACAACAGUCCAACAUUUAUCGAAUAUCUUUUCCAUUAAAUUUUAUCGUUACAAACAUUCCAAGACAGGAAAAACCUUUCAUCGAGCUCAUGAAAGAUUUUGCUUUCCGGGGGAAAUUGGUCAAUAUAUCGAUUUCUGGCUUGGAAUCAAUGAUUUUUUGAUUAGCCACAGAAACUCUGUCGAUCCAAAUCGAAUGCAUUUCAAUGUUAAAGAUGAUCAAGAUCCUACGAAUGUCGCAACUGUAGUUAAAUCGAUACUUGUUCCUCAAUUCAUUCUUACGUAUUAUAAUAUUCCAAACGUUCGGAAAACUGACUUAGAUUCUCAGGUUUCUCAAGGUGCUCUUGAAUUUCUCGGUCAGUUCUAUAGUGAAAAUGAUUUAAAACUAUAUUCACAGUUAGUGAACAUACCAUUCAAACCUCUGAAACCAAACCAUAUUCUCGGGAUUAACAAUCAAUCAGAUCCGGGUAUUGAGACAAUGUUAGAUAUUGAACUUAUGUUUGGUAUAAAUCCAUUAGCUGACACUUGGUAUUUAAAUUAUAAUACAAUGAAUAUGAGUGGUGAAAACUUCUAUACUACUAUAUUUACAUUAAAUCAAGUAGAUGAUGUACCACAAGUUUUGUCGAUUAGUUAUGGUGAUCCGGAAAGUUUGGUAUGUACACAAGUGACUGAUUGUGCUGAAGAAGUUUUAGAUGCAGAUAGACGAUAUAUUACCCGUACAAAUAUCGAAUUCAUGAAACUAACAAUGAGAGGUAUUUCAAUUUUCGUCUCAAGUGGCGAUGAUGGAGUAAACAGUUUUCUUUCGAAUUGUACAAACAAAGUAUUCUAUCCGGAUUACCCAGCAUCAUCACCUUUCAUAACAUCGGUUGGCGGAACAACAUUAGUCAACGCAAAGUACGAAACAUUUGCAGAUCAACCACCAGCUUGUACUGAAUUAAGUUCAACUUUUAAAUGUGUGUCGGAUGGAGACGAAAUUGCUGUCAGUGUAGACGAUCCAACUUUCACUAGAUUUCCUAGCGGUGGUGGAUUCUCCGAUUUUGCUCCUCAACCAUCCUAUCAAAAACAAGCUGUUGAUCAUUAUUUCCGAGAUGAAAGAUAUUAUACCGAUAAAACAUCAGACUUCUAUCCUCCUUCAUCAAUGUAUAAACGAUAUGGACGAGCCUUUCCUGAUGUGUCUGCGUUUGGUGUAAGAAUAUUUAUGGUUCAGGAUUCUGUUAAUCUUGCAGUCGGUGGCACAAGUGCAUCAUCACCAUUAUGGGCUAGUAUUGUUUCGAUUCUCAACUCACAUUCGAUAAAGAUAACGGGUAAAACGUUGGGAUUUCUAAAUCCACUACUCUACCAGAUGGCAAAAGAAUGUCCAAACUGCUUAAAAGAUAUAACAGUUGGAAAUAAUAAAUGUACUUCAACUGUAUGUACGAGUCAAUGUAAAGGUUUUCAAGCUGCAUGUGGCUGGGAUCCUGUUACAGGAUUGGGAAGUCCAAAUGUUGGAAAUAUUUUGAAGUAUAUAACAAAAUUAUUGGAAAAGAAAAUGAAAAAGAACAAAAACAAGUAG